AUGAACCCAGUAGAGCAAGUGUGGGGCAUGCUUGGCCGAAGAGUUGCAGCCCGUCAACCACCUCCUACAUGUCUACCGGAACUUCAGAGAACAUUGCUGGAUGAGUUUCAAACUUCAUUGCAUAGUUGUCAGGUAGAAUUCACUCCUCACUUCUCAUCUAAAACAUUGAAUCUUAAUGCUCUCGUGGUAAAUAAAGUGACUUCACCUCUCCCAAAUUUCGAUAUUCAAAUUCAACGCUGGCCGCAUUUGGAUAAUCUUAUACUCGCAGAUCCAAAUUUUUAUAUUUCGCAACAAAUUGACAUUUUGCUCGGUGCAGAUAUUUAUGCACUCCUCCUGGAAGGACUUCCCAUUUUUGGAUCUUCAGGAACUCCAGCUGCAAUUUCAACUAAAUUGGGAUACAUUUUAACUGGAAAAAUCUAUACUUCACAAAGGCCUGACUCGAUUGUGCAUUCAACUUUGUGUGACCAGUCAAUUGAAAAGAUCCCUCCGAAUGUAGACGAUUUGUUUGCAAGAGUUGACACUGAAGAAGAAGCUAAAGCCACUAUUACCAAAAUUCAAAACCUAAUGAAAUCAGGGAGAUUUAGUCUUCAAAAAUGGUCUAGUAGCCAUAAAAUUAUUUUGAAAGAUUUGGAUAAAUCCUUGUUAACUACAGAAUCUAUACAUUCGUUGUGCGAUGAAGAAGUAAAACAGCGGGUGUUAGGUAUUUUUUGGAAUCUUUUAACCGAUUCGAUUCAAGUUAGAAUUGCUGAUGGAGAAAUCGUAAAUACAAAAAGGCAACUUCUAUCAGUUAUUGCUAAAACAUUCGAUCCGCUGGGACUGUGUUCGCCUUCUGUAAUCAUAUUAAAAAUUAUGUUGCAAGAACUAUGGAAAUCGAAAGCCGCUUGGGAUGAUCCUGUUCCUCUUACCAUUCUAGAAACCUGGACAAAAUUUAAACAACAAAGCUAUAAUCUAAACUUGAUUUCAGUUCCUCGCUUCUUGGGAGUCGACAAUAAUUCUGUCAUCCAAUUACACGGUUUCUGCGAUGCAUCUACAAAAGCAUUCGCUGCCGUUGUCUAUUUGAAAUCUAGACAGAAUCAAGUAUCUCUCGUAAGUGCUAAAACUCGUGUUGCUCCUAUAAAACAGCUUACUAUCCCAAGGUUGGAACUUUGCGGAGCACUUCUACUUGCCGAGCUAAUAACUGCCAUCGAAAAAGCACUAUCUUUUCCCAUAAAAGAGCGAUAUUUAUGGACAGAUUCAACAAUCGUAUUAAGUUGGAUAAAUAGACCCUCAAUGUCUGAUUGGUAUCACAUUCCUGGUAAACUCAAUCCAGCCGAUUGUGCUACUCGAGGACUUUUUCCAGAGCAGCUCAAAAAUGCAUCUUAUUGGUGGAAUGGUCCUGAUUGGAUCAAACAAGAUUUUCAUCCUCUUGUACCGUCCUUAAAAGUGCUAACUACCAACUUAGAUGAGCCAGACUCCGUGCAGAAACCUACGUCCGUAAAUGCGGACAGAAAUCCUUUGAAUGACUUGCUACUCAAAUUUUCAUCUUACACCAAACUUAUAAGAGUAUUUGCAUGGGUUAAACGUUUUAUUCAAAAUUGUAAAGCUACCUGUUUAACCUCUAAAUCAAUAGGGCUCCUUCAAGCAGAAGAAGUAGAGGCUUCACUUAAAAAUCUAGUUAAACUCAUUCAGCAAACUGAAUUUUACCAGGAAAUUAAAUGUUUCAAGAUGAACAAACUCAUACCGAAAUCUAGUAAAUUACUCCCUUUAAAUAUAUUUUUGGAUAAAGAUGGGAUUCUCAGAGUGGGAGGUCGGCUUUCUAAACAUCCGACUCUUCCCUAUGAUCAAAAAUUUCCAAUAGUCAUCCCCAAAAGACAUCAUAUAACUCCCCUUAUAAUUCGACAUUUUCAUCAACUCAGUCUCCAUGCUGGACCAGAAUUGGUUUUAUCACUCAUUCGACAAAAAUUCUGGAUUCCUGAUGGUCGUUCCACGGUGCGUCGAGAAAUCAAACGCUGUAUCGUUUGCUGUCGAUUAAAUUCUAAACCUUCGAACCCUAAGAUGGGAAAUUUGCCAAGUAGUCGAAUAACAAAAUCUCGUCCUUUUGAAAAAGUUGGGGUGGAUUUCGCAGGACCGUUAGUCACAAAAUGUCAGCAUCUCAGAGAAGCUACCCAAUUCAAGUCUUACCUUUGUUUAUUCAUAUGCACAGCGACUCGAGCAGUUCAUCUCGAACUCGUGUCCAGUAUGUCUACAGAAGCAUUCUUAGCCGCACUUCGUCGAUUUAUAGCACGACGAGGCCAUCCCACUGAUAUCCUGUCAGACAAUGGAUCGAAUUUCAUAGGUUCAGAUAAUUAUCUAAAGCAAUUAUUCAAGUUAGUCCAAGACCAGUCUGUACAAAAUUUCCUGACCGUGAGAAACAUCAGUUGGAAAUUCAUUCCACCAUAUGCUCCCAAUUUCGGUGGUGUUUGGGAGUCAUCCAUCAAACUAGCCAAAAGACAUCUCUUUAAAACUUGUCAAGGACAUUUGCUUAAUUUUGAAGAACUGUCUACUCUCUUAUGUCAGAUAGAGGCCUGUAUUAAUUCAAGACCUCUAGUACCACCUUCCAAUGAUCCAGCUGAUCUCAGGGCUCUCACCCCUGGGCAUUUCCUAAUCGGGGAACCUCUUCUUGAGCUUCCUGAAGGAACUAGUCUCACUAAUCAAAAUCUUAGUCUUUCUUGCAGAUGGAAAAGUCUCUUACAGUUAAAACAUCAAUUUUGGAGUAGAUGGACUAGAGACGUCCUUCACCAUUUGCAAGCCCGACGGAAGUGGCAUCAACAUCGUCCUCCUUUGAGUGUCGGAGAUCUCGUCCUUAUUCAAGCUGACAACAUGCCUCCAUUAUCCUAG